GGGAGCGGUGGCGCAUCUUUACGGACCGCUGCUGGAAUAAGGGGGGUUCUCUAUCAUGUGAACCAUCCGGCCUUUUCUUUUGCCAGCCACGGCAGUCGCAUCUGAAAUCAAGACUGCGUGGACGAGGAAGAAAAGAUAGGCGAGUUUCGGUGUUGAUAUUUGGGCUCGAGUGAAAGUGGGACUAGGCGUUUGGAUGCCUAUUUGUUUUGCUAGGCGUUAUGUGGCAGGGGGUGGUCAAUCGCCACCGAAACGCUGGUUUCUGGCCAAACACCAUUCUGUUCUAUAGCUCGUCCUCGGCCUUGUUCGCCUGAAUUUAAUUUCCUUCGCUGAUUUUUUCGUUUUGUACAUCACAGCUCUUUUUUUGGCCUGAAAAGAUGCAGCAAGCUUGAGGACAUCCUUGAUAUUCGCUGACUGCCUUCGCCGCUGCCAUGACGAACGCAGGCUUUCUCUCGGGCACGGCUCAGCCGGCCGCCUCUCAGGCAGAUUGACUGACUGGGUCGUGGUCGCAGCCGCCAGAGAGGCCGAUGCCGACGGCUCAUCGCCGGAGCUCGGUUCUGUAAAUAUCACCCACAAUAAUCAUCAAUAAUAGUCAAGAACCUCAGGGAAAAAAUGUCCUCGCGGUCUGCAUUACCACCUGGGAACGAACGGAGCUCAGAUCAUCAUGCUUCGCUGGUGGUGAGCCGCUCCGAGAAGGGCACAAGCGUGUCGAGUCGCUCGCUGGGCGCUCGCGUCCGCGGCUCCAUGGCCUCAUGUUCGGACGAGCAACCGCACAUCGGCAACUACCGCCUCCUCAAGACCAUCGGCAAGGGCAACUUCGCUAAAGUCAAGCUGGCGCGCCACACCUUAACUAGCAGAGAGGUCGCAAUAAAGAUUAUUGACAAAACUCAGCUGAACCCAACCAGCCUACAAAAGCUCUUUCGAGAAGUGAGAAUCAUGAAAAGCUUACAUCACCCCAACAUCGUGCAACUGUUUGAGGUGAUCGAGACUGAAAAAACACUUUAUCUAAUAAUGGAGUACGCCAGUGGAGGUGAAGUAUUCGACUACCUCGUGUCACAUGGGAGAAUGAAGGAAAUAGAAGCCAGAGCCAAAUUCCGGCAGAUCGUGUCUGCUGUUCACUACUGCCACCAGAAAAACAUCGUCCACAGAGACCUGAAGGCUGAGAACCUUCUGCUGGACGCAGAUGCCAACAUCAAGAUUGCCGACUUCGGCUUCAGUAAUGAGUUUACGCUGGGCAGCAAGCUGGACACCUUCUGCGGCUCGCCGCCCUACGCCGCACCGGAGCUCUUCCAGGGCAAGAAGUAUGACGGGCCGGAGGUAGAUAUUUGGAGCCUGGGUGUUAUACUCUACACGCUCGUCAGCGGUUCACUACCCUUCGACGGCCAGAACUUGAAGGAAUUGCGUGAGCGUGUGUUGAGAGGGAAGUACCGUGUGCCCUUCUACAUGUCCACUGACUGCGAGGGCAUCCUUCGUCGCUUCCUGGUGCUCAACCCGAGCAAACGCUGCACCCUGGAGCAAAUAAUGAAGGACAAAUGGAUUAAUGCUGGCUACGAGGGCGAUGAGCUGAAGCCUCAUUCUGAGCCCGCUGCCGACUACAGUGAUGGACAACGCAUCGAGGUGAUGGUGGGGAUGGGCUUCACCCCAGAGGAGAUAAAGGACUCUCUUCUCAAUCAGAAGUACAACGAGGUGUCUGCCACCUACCUGCUGCUGGGCAUCAAGACUGAGGACGGUGCUGAGCCCGGCAGGUCCGGCAGCAUGACCCUGCCCCGCGUGCGGCCCAGCCCCAUCACCAACGGCACCAAUAAGCACUCCUCCGCCACCGGCUCCUCUUCCUCCUCCUCCUCCUCCUCCCACAGCAAGACCCAGCGCAGCAGCUCCACCUACCACCGCCAGAGACGUCACAGCGACUUCUGUGGCCCCAGCAUGCCGGUGAUGCACCCCAAGCGGAGCCCCACCACGGGCGGGGAGCGGGACCUGCGGGAGAGCCGCAUGCCGCCGCGCAAGGCCAGCUGCAGCGUGAUGGGCAGCCGCAGCCUGCCGCCCUCCAGCCCCAUGGUCAGCAGCGCCAACAACCCCAACAAGGCCGAGAUACCCGACCGCCGCAAGGAGAUGACCGCCACCACCAAUAACAUCCCGGGCAGCGCCAUGACCCGCCGCAACACGUACGUGUGUACAGACCGCUCCAACACCGACAGACACUCACUGCUGCAGAACGGCAAGGAGAACAGUUCACUGUCGCACCGCUUGCCGCCCACCUCCCCGUCGACGCUGAGCAUGGCGGGGGCGGGCGCCUCGUCCUCCUCCUCCUCGGGCGAGCGCUGCCGGCUGACGCGGGGCUCCACCAUCCGCAGCACCUUCCACGGGGGCCAGCUGAGGGACCGCGUGCCCCCCACCUACGGCGGAGGAAGCGGCGGGGCGCCCCCCACCUCGCCCACGCUGUCCCACCAUCACCACCACCACCACCACCACGAGGCCGGCGCCCUGCCGCCGCACGCGCGCAGCCGGGCCACCUCCAACCUCUUCAGCAAGCUCACCUCCAAACUCACGCGCAGGGUCGCAAAUGAACCUGAGGGAGUCUGCAGACCUUCGGUCACAGGUGGCCAUCUACCUGGGUAUUCGAAAGCGCCCGAGCCCCGGUACAUCGGAGGCGGGGGGAGCGGGCGUUGGUGGGGGGGGGAUUUGGGGGGUGGGGGUGGGGUUGCGGUGUGUGCUCCGCCCCGGGCGCCGGCGGAGGUGGUGGUGGCGGUGCGGGAGGCGGCGCGGGGCUGCGGUUGCCAGGUGCGUCACACGGGGCCCUUCCUGCUCUGCUGCAGCCGACAGGCCGAGGGCGGGGCUGGGGGCGGGGCCGGGGCCGGGGGCGGAGGUGGAGUGGGCGCCAGCGUGGCCUUNCAGGCGGAGGUGUGCCAACUGGCCAGCGGCGGGGGAGGCGCCGGCCCCGAGGCCAACGGAGUACGCUACACCCGCCUGUGGGGGGCGCCGCUCGCCUUCCGGCACCUCGCCACGCAGAUUUCCAAGGAGGUGGAGCUUUGAGAGACUUCAGGAGAGAGAGAA